AACGCCAGUCGGACCAACCAACACAACAGCGCAGAUAAAAAACGCACAAGAACACGCCUUCAAUUCCUCAUUUUCAUCGACCCGAUCCCCAGCAAAAUCAGCCAAUAUAUAUGAUCUCCAUGUGUCCACAGUUCAUCCACAGCUAGCUAGCUUACACAGAUCGAGUGAUAUUUUCGCGCCAUCAAUAAUCAGCCAAGCUCUCAGUCGAGCUCACGACGACGACGGCGACCUCGUCGUCUCGUCCAGGUCAGAGGAGCUUCCGUUAUUUAUAGGGGGGCGUGAGCUGCGCGCCAUGUCUUCCUCCCCCAAUAGCAAGGGCACCGACAGCAAGAAGAACCCCCUGGACGCCAUGGGCGCCUUCUUCUCGGCGCAGGUGGACCGGCGCAAGCUGGUGACCACCCAGAAGCAGGCGCUGGCGACGCGGUGCUCGUCGUCGGGCGACUGCGCCUUCCCGUGCUCCGACCACCGCCCCGCCGACCGCAAGACGUGGAUGGCGGAGCUCGGGCCGGAGCGGCUGCGCGUGCACCAGGUGGUGUGGCCGGGCUCCCACGACUCCGCCACCAACAAGAUCGGCAUCCCCUUCAUCACCCGCCCCUUCGCGCAGUGCCAGUCGCUCUCCGUCUACGAGCAGCUCGCCACGGGGUGCCGCCUCAUCGACGUCCGCGUCCAGGAGGAGCGGCGCGUCUGCCACGGCGUGCUGGCGACCUACUCCGUCGACGUCGUCCUCGCCGACGUGAAGCGGUUCCUGGCCGAGACCGUGUCGGAGCUGGUGGUCCUGGAGAUCCGCACCGAGUUCGGCCACGACGACCCGUCCGAGUUCGCCAAGUACCUGGUGGAGCAGCUCGGGGAGGAGAACCUCAUCCGGCAGGACGACGGCGUGUUCUGGAAGACCGUCGCGGAGCUGCUCCCCCGGCGGGUGAUCUGCGUGUGGAAGCCGCGCAAGUCCCCGGCCCCGGGCCACGGCGAGCCGCUGUGGAGCGCGGGGUACCUGAGGGACAACUGGGUCGACACGGACCUGCCGGAGACCAAGUUCGAGAGCAACCUCAAGUUCCUCGGCCAGCAGCCGUCCGUGGCCGACCGGCGCUACUUCUACCGGGUGGAGAACACGGUGACGCCGCAGGCCGACAACCCGGUGCUGUGCGUGAAGCCGGUGACGCGCCGCAUCCACGGGUACGCCAGGCUGUUCCUCGCCGAGGUCUUCGCCAAGGGCCUCGGCGACAAGCUGCAGGUCUUCUCCACCGACUUCAUCGACGGCGACUUCGUCGACGCCUGCGCCGGCGUCACCAAGGCCCGCGUCGACGGCGCCGCGUGAGGUCGACGGUUUGUUUGUAGUAAUUAGAGCGGUGGCCAGGCGAGAUUAGUGGAGUAAUUUAUUCCUUUCCUUGGUGGGCUUUCGUGGGCUUGUCGGUGGUUGGUGUGCAGGGCAGAGCAGAAGCAGAAGCAGAAGCAGAAGCAGAGUGUGUGUGUGGGCAUUCUCGACGGUGUGGGCCUUGAUGCCCAUCCAACGCCCCAACAUCAGCCCAACUCCUAACCACCAAAAACACCCUACCUCCUCACAUUCUCCCAUUCCUCUUCCUGCGCCGCCGCCGCUCGCCAAUUGAUUCCCUCCCCCCUCCCCUCGAGGGCAGCUUCAAGUCAACUGCCGGCUCGCCGUCGCGUCUACCUGUCCGUCCUCCUCAAGCAGAUUGAGGAUCCGUGCAGCGCACAAGCAGCAGCAGCGCCCGGUUGCUGCUCAAGAUGGAGGACGACGAGGACCUCAUCCACGGCGUCCUCCUCGACCUCACCCGCCGCCCAUGACAAGGACCUCGCUGGAACCGCGAGCUAGGGUUUCUGCCUCGCCGCCGGCACAGCCUCAGAUGGUAUGCCAGAGGGGAGCGCGGCGCGUUUCUGAGAUCGCCCACAACCACCACCUCAAGGCAGCAGCUUCUGUGUUCACUCCAGAUGAAUAUAAACCUCCUGCUGCCAUUGGUCAACCCUAGCGCCGCGCGAGACGGGCGUCUUUCGGAGGACGAGGAGCUCAAGGGCUGCGAAGCAGGGCUCUUGGGUGUUUGAUGGAGAAUCAGACAAUGACCUCGCUGGAACCACAAGAUACGGUUUCUGCCUCUCCGCCGCUCCGGCUGCCGGUGCAGCCUCAGAUUGUAUGCCGGCGGCGCGUUUCUCAGAUCGCCCACAACCACCACCUCAAGGCAGAAUUGGACAAGGACCUCGCUUGCCACCACGCGCUACAGCUUCUGUCUAGCCAGUGUGCCAGUGUGAGGUGGGCGGCGGGCGCAUUUCUGAGACCAGCCACAACCCGCUACGAGCAGCUUCUGUGUUCACUCCACAUGAAGAAAACCUGAUGCUGCCAUUCGUGAAACCUAGCGCAGCGGCGGGUGUCUUAGACAGGACGAGGAGGAGCUCAAGGGCGGCGCGAAGAAGGCCUCGUAGGUGCUUGUUGGAGCAGCAGCAGCUUCUGUGUUCACUCCACAUGAAGAAACCUGAUGGUGCCAUUGUUGAAAGCUAGCACGGCGGUGGGCGUCUUAGACAGGAGGAGGAGGAGGAGCUCAAGCGCGGCGCGAAGCAGGGCCCUUAGGUGCUUGCUGGAGUACAGCAGCUUCUGUGCUCUCCAGAUGAAGAAAAACACCUACGAAAAUUUGAGCGUGGCGGUGGCCGUCUGAGAAGGGUGCAAAGUGGGUGUACCGGGAGGAGGCAGCUCCAUGGUUGUGGAUCUACUACUAGGGCUUGGAACCUGUGCACCCCAGAGCCUGUCUUGCGACAACUGCCCGCUCCGUCAUCUGCUGCCAUCGGUCGCUCCAUGGGGACAAGGAGGUUGCCCAUGAGUAGCUAGCCUCCUUUCUUGCACCUUAUUUAUAUGUUGCAAUGCAUGGCCAACGUGAUGGAUGUGCUGUUGUAAUGAUUGUCCCAGGACUGAUUGUACAAGUUGUGCUCCAUGCACCUGGUAUAUAUUGCAAUGCAUGGCCGACCUGAUGGAUGUGUGGUGAUCUGGAUGUCCCCAAAACAGCGGAUGUUAUGUCCAAUUUUUCAAAAAAUUUGCUGUGAUCUAAAGUUGAUUUUUUAA